AUGCAAUUCGAAGAAGCGGAAACGCGGAAACACGGAGAUAAGGCAAUAGGAGAAGAAGAACAAGAACGAGAAGAACGAGAAGAAGAGAGCCACGCCACACACGGCAGAAGCGCUGUCAGAUGGAUGAGCCCUGGCUACCUCGACGGUCAUGUUCCAUCGCCACGGAGACUAUUCGUACGCAUACAGGGCAUCAGCAGACUACUGGCUACGAAUGCAAUUCUACAGCCAGAGUCGCUCCACCACGAGACUGCGUCGUCCACAUCGUGA